CCAAAUUCCUGACAAACUUCCUGUAUUCUUCCUGAUUCUUCCCCCAAGUGUGCGGCUUUAAUACUGCACUCAUGAGUUUCAUUAUUUAUCGACAUGGAUAAUCGCUGCUAUGCCUGUGCUUCAAAAUUCACCCUCUUCAGAAAAGAGUUAGGCUGUAAAAAUUGUGGACGGGCCUUUUGCUCUGGAUGUCUCUCGUUCAACGCACUGGUGCCACGCUGCGGCAACACUCAGCAAAAAGUCUGCAAGCAAUGUCACGGGAAUAUCACAAGCAGUGGUGGGCCCAAGAAUGAUGCUGCAAAGUGGUCACCGCCUGAAAACUACAAGAAGCGGGUUGCUGCGCUGGAAGCAAAACAGGCACAACAGCUUCAUCAGCCAGCCAGACCUGGGCACAGCAAAAACACCAUGGCAGGACACAUCCCCACCAAAGGCUUGAGCAAAGAGGACCAUGCGCUGAUGGAGAGGCUUGAGAAGCUGAAGGAGGACACUAAACCAAAGUCUAUACCGUCGGAGAAGGAGAUUGAGGCACGACUAGCCGCACUGAGGGGCCCUGUGAAGCCAGUGCCUUCUUCUGACGAUAUGGAGGAUCGCCUUGCUGCUCUGCAGGGAAGACCACCACCAUCUCAGGCUCCAACACCGGUGCACCAGCCACCCGACACCCGCACACAGACGGAACAGGCCAAUGACCUCAUGAAGCAGUUGUCCGAGGAAGUGGCCAUUGACAGCCAGCAACCAGUAGCUGAAGCGACUUCAGACAGUCUCCUGAACGACCUGAACAAGCCCAAGGAUGACCUGCUGGAUGAAAACCUGGACGACGUGCAGAAGGCUGCCAAGCAGCUGGAGGCGGAGAAGAGCCGCCUGCUGGCCGAGGCCAUGACGGAGCUGCAGAGAGAUCAGCACAGCCAGGAGCAGAUCUUGCAGAUGGCCAAGAGGCUGGCCCAGCUCAAGGGACAGGACCCCAACAAAGUCUCAAUGGAAGACUUCCAGCAGCCGGACAGCGAUGAGGAGACUGAGGAAGAGGUCAUGCAGAGGAUACUGAAGAGGCUUUCAGAGGAGGCAGCGCUGGACGAAGCGUGUGGCUUCAACAUCCCCCCUGAGCGUAGCGGCCCUCGCAACAUAGAAAGCACAAAGACCAGCAAGACAAAGGUUCCAGCCCAAGGGCCCACCCAGCCAUCCAGGUCCAGACCUGCUGUAGCAGCCUCUGCUCUGCGACGCUCAGACAGUGAGGAUGAUGACGAUGAACUGCCCUGGUGUUGCAUCUGUAACCAAGAUGCCGGCAUCCGUUGCCAUGGCUGUGACGGGGACCUGUACUGCAGCCGCUGUUUCAGGGAAGGGCACGAUGAAUUCGACAGAAAAGACCAUCGCACUUCCAGUUACUCGGCACCAAAGAAGGCCAAGAGGAAGCCCUGAAGAGCAGGGUUGGGCAGUAGUUAGUGACAGUCUGCAGAGCGGUUCAGGAGCCUGGAGCUAUUAGUCUACUGAGUGUCAACAUCAGGUAUUGGCACAUAGGCUUUGUUGUAGAGUGCAAAUCACACAAAUCAUGACAAAGUCAGCGGUCUUUGUACUACAGCUGCGCAUUGCACCAUAACCACUGGUGUGGCUCACAGUAUUCUUCCUGGUAGCGCUUCAACCUCUUUGCUUCAUGACUUUUUUUUUAGUUGGGUAGUGUCUUAACAUGGUUAUAAAGCUUUUAGUUUUAUAUUUUAAUUGUGCAAUAUUUCAUUUAUUGCCUUAAUGAUAAUAAGUAUAAUGAUAAUAAUGUCUCAGUGUCCAUUUUAAGAUAUAAGAGCCAUAUAAAUAUCAAGUCCAUUUACAGUAAAUGACAUGCCUAAAUGAUGUUCAGUUAAAUCAGUCUAAAAUAAACUCUUAAACACUG